UAUAAGUAACCAUCAGAGCAAUUUGAGGGUUCAUAUUCUCCUUAUUUUGUUGGUUUCUCCAGUUUUGUGGGUCUGACUCUGCCUCUCUCUUUCUGGAGCCAGAACCACCAAAAAAACCCACACUGUACAGAAAACCCUAAUUCUUUGGUCUCAGAUCGGUUAUGGCUUCAUCCAGAGAGCGCGAGAACUUCGUUUACAUCGCUAAGCUCGCCGAGCAGGCCGAGCGUUAUGAUGAAAUGGUGGAUGCAAUGAAGAAUGUUGCAAAGCUUGAUGUCGAAUUGACAGUGGAGGAAAGAAAUUUACUCUCUGUUGGGUACAAGAAUGUGGUUGGUGCAAGGAGAGCCUCAUGGAGGAUUUUAUCAUCAAUAGAGCAGAAAGAAGAAGCUAAAGGAAAUGAAACAAAUGCCAAGCGCAUCAAGGAGUACAGACAAAAGGUUGAAACAGAGCUCUCUGGUAUUUGUACUGAUAUCAUGACAGUGAUUGACGAACACCUAAUUCCCUCUGCUUCAGCUGGGGAAUCAACAGUGUUCUACUAUAAGAUGAAAGGAGAUUAUUAUCGUUACCUUGCAGAAUUUAAAUCUGGUAAUGAGAAGAAAGAUGCAGCUGAUCAAUCGAUGAAAGCAUAUGAGGCUGCAACUAGCUCAGCCGAAUCUGAAUUGCCUCCUACACAUCCUAUCCGCUUGGGUUUGGCAUUAAAUUUCUCUGUCUUCUAUUAUGAAAUCCUGAAUUCACCUGAAAGGGCCUGCCACCUUGCAAAGCAAGCUUUUGAUGGAGCCAUCUCCGAACUUGACACCCUCAAUGAGGAGUCUUACAAAGACAGCACCUUAAUCAUGCAGCUUCUUAGAGACAACCUCACAUUGUGGACUUCUGACAUCCCAGAGGAUGGAGAUGAUGCCCAAAAGGUCAACGGCAUCGUCAAAGUUGCCGGUGGCGAUGAUGAGUGAAGCGGAUAGCAUUCUAAGUGGCAGAGGUACUACUCCGGGGAUGAUGGAUGUGACUCGAUAAUCAAUUGCCCUUAGUGUUUAGCAUAAGGAGGGUUCCUUUUUAUUUUCUUCUCUUUUUCUCCUUCCCUCUUCUCUGAUGCCCCAUUAUUGUGUGGUUUAUUUUUUAGUAUGAUGAUGUCUGGACUUAUUUGGUCUAGCUUUCCCUUCUCAGUGGAUGGUCGAUAGGUUGUAGGAGGAAUGACUUGAAUUGUUAAAAGUGUUUAUCCAUCCUGUUUACAUGAAAAAUGUGUUUGUCUGGA